AACGCUUACAAGGAAAAGAGAGAAAAGAGGAAGGAGGAUAGUUAAUUCUUGGAGAAGUGAUAAGGAUUCUUCUGUCCUUCCAGCCCCUGUUUCCCCAUCCAUUUUGUUUGAAGUUUGGGGGGAAGAAUAGGGAGAGGAUGACCAGAUAUGCAACAUAAUCCCUCCCCCUACCCCCAGAGUGUUUCUCCAGGAUCUCCUCCCCGCCCCUAGAUCUCCCGGGGGAGAUGCACCCCUCCCUAGCCCUUGAUUGUAUGGUACUCCGAGAAGGAGGAGCUAGGGGUCCCCCCCGCGUUGGGCGGGGUUCUAUACAACGGGGUGGAGGGGUACAUAAGUCUGGGUUGGAGGAGGAGGGUAGACCCGGGCAGAAUGAGUGAGUCGUCUAGCACUGUGUCCAGUCCGGUGUUGGGAGAGGAGUCAGACCCGGUAACCAGUCCUGGGUCCGAAGCAGUGUCUGGUGUCCUAAGUCCUCUUACCGAGGCCCUGUUCCAGAGGCAUUUUGGGGGCGCCGAGCAGAGUCUAGAUCCUUUACCCGAUCAGCUGCUGCGGGGCUUUCGGGACAAGCUGGUCCGGAUCUGCUCCAGGAGGGAGGCGUGGAGGCUGCUCCGGGCCCGGUUCCCUCCCCUGACCUGGCUGCCCUGGUACCGCUGGAGGACUUGGUUGCUCGGAGACGCGGUAGCCGGAGUCACCGUGGGCGUAGUGCAUGUGCCGCAGGGCAUGGCCUUUGCCCUCCUAACCUCAGUGCCCCCUGUGUUUGGACUUUAUACCUCCUUUUUUCCUGUCCUCAUCUACACCUUCCUGGGUACAGGAAGACACCUGUCCACUGGAACCUUUGCAGUACUCAGCCUUAUGACAGGUUCAGCAGUAGAAAGCCUGGUCCCAGAGCCCCCCGGGGGUAACCUGAGCGCGACUGAGAGAAUGCAGCUGGACCUGCAGAGGGUUGGGGUGGCGGCUGCAGUCGCCUUCUGGAGCGGGGUGCUGAUGCUAGGGAUGUUCGCGUUGCAGCUCGGCUUCCUGGCCACCUUCCUGUCGCAGCCCGUGGUCAAAGCUCUCACCAGUGGGGCCGCGGUGCACGUGCUCGUGUCCCAGCUGCAGAGUCUCCUGGGACUUCCCUUCCCUCGACAGAUCGGCUACUUUGCCCUUUUCAAGACGCUGGCCGCGGUCCUUACUUCACUGCCUCAGAGCAGUCCAGCCGAAUUGACCAUCUCAGCCCUUAGCCUGGCGCUACUGGUGCCAGUCAAAGAGCUGAACGUGAGAUUUCGAGAAAGGCUGCCUACCCCGAUCCCAGGAGAGGUCUUCAUGGUGCUCUUGGCCUCUCUUCUCUGUUUUACUUCUUCUCUGGACACGAGAUACAAUGUACAAAUCGUUGGGUCACUACCAGUUGGGUUCCCCCAACCCUUGAUACCAUCUUUGUCUACACUGCCCCUGGUUCUUGCCUACUCCCUUCCAAUUGCAUUGGUUACUUUUGCUGUAUCGGUGUCUCUGGCUUCAAUCUAUGCCGACAAGCACAGCUAUACCAUCAACCCCAACCAGGAGCUCCUGGCUCAUGGUGUCUCCAACUUAGUCUCCUCACUCUUCUCCUGCUUCCCCAAUUCAGCCUCGUUAGCUACAACCAGUUUGCUAGUGGAUGCAGGGGGAAACACACAGCUCACAGGCCUUUUCUCUUGUGCGGUUGUCCUAUUAGUGCUACUGUGGUUGGGACCUCUUUUCUACUAUUUGCCCAAGGCGGUCCUUGCCUGCAUCAAUAUUUCCAGCAUGCGCCAGAUGUUCUUCCAGAUGCAGGAGCUGCCCCAACUGUGGCAUAUCAGCAAGAUGGAUUUUGCUGUGUGGCUGGUCACAUGGGUAGCUGUAGUAACCUUGAGUGUGGACUUGGGCCUCGCCAUAGGUGUAAUCUUCUCCAUGAUGACUGUAGUCUGCCGAACACAGAGGAUACAGUGUCUGGUACUUGGACAAGUAAAGGGAAGAGAACUAUUCUGUCCAGUCAGAGAAAGUUCUAAGCUCUGUCAGGUUCCUGGACUACGAAUCUUUAGAUAUCCUGCCCCACUCUAUUUUGGAACCAGAGGCAGAUUUCGUCAAACUAUGGGGCAGCUGUUGGGGCUGGAGAAGCAAGAUGAGGAACCUGCAAAGUCACAUGGGUCAGCUGAGACAGGAGCGGAACUUGUUCAAGUUGUCAUCCUAGACUGUAGUGGUAUCAUCUUUGUGGAUGUGGCUGGAGCCCGGGAGUUGGUGCAGCUGGCUAGUCAGUGCAGUGCAGCCAGGAUUCACCUCCUCUUGGCUCAGUGUAAUGGUAAGAUGCAUGAAACUGGGGAGGAUUGGAAAUUUUUUGAAUUCUUUGUGUGUGUGUGUGUGUGUGGGGGGGUUGGUAAUAGUAAGAGGGAUGAGGUGGAGACCAGACUUGGGACUUUGAUUAUUCCUUCUGUUGGCACAGCCCCUGUGCUGGGGACACUAAGGAGGGCUGGGCUCCUGGACAUAUUGACCCCGGAGCAACUUUUUGUGAGCGUUCAAGAUGCAGCUGCCCAUGCACUGGAGAGUCUGGAGCCUCUGACCUCAAAGACUUGCAUGGUCUGGGUUUGAACCUGGCAGCUCUGCUCAUUAGGAAUACCAGUGGCACUGGUUGGAUGUAGUUAAGGGAGAGAUUAUGGCCACCGAGGG